AUGUUUUACCUUAAACCAGGGGAAAUUAUACCUACUACUCCUGCUCCUCCUACUAAUACUACGACUACUACUCAGUCAACGACAAAACCAACAACAGUAACAGCACAACCGCAGGUAGACGUGUUAUCGACGACGACGACGACGACUACAACGACAACAAAAUCGUCUGACACAACAACACCAACCUAUGAUGGAGUACCUACAUACAGUUUUGUUGAAUUUUCUCUGACAACGAAACCGUCAACAGCAAUCGCACCGGUUAUGCUACCACUCGUUAAUGAUACACCAGUUGAAUGGAUUGAAGAAUAUGCCAAUACAAGUUCACCUGGUUAUGCUAAUUUAAAAUCAAAAUAUUGUGAUUUAUUAACAUACUACUUAAAACAAGGUGAUAGUAAUGCAGCAGAUGGUGCAAGUUGUGAACAAGUGACUUUUACACCAGUAACUAGUACUAGACCAGAUGGUACAGUGGUACGAACUGUAAAAGGUGAUUCAACGAUUAAUGUACCAACAACAACAGGAACACAAUUAACGGGUAAUCAACUUUAUGGAUUAUUUAUAAAUGGAUAUAAUAAAACUAGUACAGCACCAUCAUCUAUUAAACUAAAUGCAUUAGAUGUUCAACGCACCUCAGGUACAGUUACAUGUUCACAAUUUACUAAUCCAUGUGGAGAACAUGCUACAUGCCGUGAUUCUCCUCCAGGAAUUACUUGCUUUUGUAAUUCUAUGUGGAAAGAUAUGAAUCUAAAUGAUCCUGGAAAACAAUGUGUUUUACAUCCAGCUGCAAUUGCAUUAAUUGUUUUAGCAUCAUUACUGUUAUUGGCUGCAUUGAUCUUAUUACUUAUUUGUUUAUUACGUAGACGUCGACGAAGGAAUAGUUCCAUUUUAGCAUCAACAGAUUUAGCAACAUUGAAUAAAUUAAAAGAAACUAAAUCAUGGAAAUCAAAGUUAGAUAAAAAUAAAAUUCAACUUGAUGGAGAUCAGUCCAUUUCAAUGGCCCGUGCUUCAGUGACAGAUAGCCCAAUAGCAUUAACAUCUAUUCCAGCGUCUGCAUUGCCUCUUACAGGAACUGCACCCCCCUUGUCUGCGCUCAGAGGUAGUAUGCCGAUUAACGGCAUUCAACAAAUUCCAGCAUCGUAAGUCAUAAUUCAUUGAUUUUUUUCUUUGAAGUGUUAGACGUUUCGGUAAGUCUAUAGUUUAUGGACGAGCCAAUCGGAUUUAGGGUAACGGGUCUCAGAUUUUGGCACAAACUGCAUUCACUUCAUUUAUUUAAAUAGAAUUUCGGCAUUAUAACUGAUGUCAGUUUGUGAUGAGAAUUAUAAAUCUAAUUCCCAACCCAAAACACCUGACACGGUCGAAAUCCAUUUUUCAUGGCUUCUCACUAUAACUCAUCUCGAAACUGGUCACUAAUGAACACAUGAUUGUUGGAUUCAUAUUUUUAUGAAUUUACGAUUUAUGUUUUUCAACAGGCCAGUUCCACUAACAGGUUUACCAAUGCCACUUACUCCAACAGCGAGUAACAUGAUUGACGGUCUUCCACAAAGAGUUGGAAGGUAAGUCACACAGUUUUUGUCAAAACCUUCCGUUACUAUGGAAACACAAAUUAUUUCUUUCUUUCACCUUCUUUUUCUAAUGAAGAUUGAUCCAUGUUUGUAGUAUACAUUCAUCUAUGGAUUAACAUAAUGCAUAUUUUUGGAUUAACACAGAUGCAGUAAUGAAAUUUUGUUGUAAUAUUGUAUACUGUCCUAACACUUAUAAUCGCAUUAACGCAGUUAACACUUGAUAACCUAAGACAAUUCUUCUUAUUCCUAGACUACCAAUCAGAAAACUUAAAAUCGUCCUCAAGUAACUUGUAUUAUUUAGACUAUUGUGAUUAUAUAAACUGGAAUGGAACAGAAUAUAUGAUGAAUUAGAACUAAGUGACAAGUUUAGAAUUUUGAAGAGAGUCAGAAUUCAGAUUUGGCCAAAACAACAUGAAUUCAUUAUUAUUUGAUUAGCUUCUCCUCAGAUCCUAACAACUUAUAAUAUAUGUAUACACAUAUAUUCACUAAAGGUGUACCUCAGAAGUACAUAAGUCUUGUGAGGGCUUUUCACUCGAACACUACUAGUCAGAUCAGUGCUUAUGAGGAAUCGUCAUCUGCUUUUACAACCUCAUGUGGUGUCCGUCAAGGUUGUCCACUUUCUCCAUUUUUCUUUAACGUCGUCACAGACCUACUGAUGCAAAUAAUACUCUCACCAACUGAAUUUUCGGGUAUCGAUCUCUUACCAGGAGGUCCACUCAUCGACUUAAAAUACACAGGUGAUAUAGUCCUGUUUGGUGAAGACGCUGAUAAAAUGCACAGUCUUUUGAUAACACUGAGCAAUAAUGGCAGAAUGUUUGGGAUGUGUUUCUCUCUCUCUCUCUCUCGAAAUGCAAGUUUUUGCUUCAGGACUGGUCUGCGUCAACACCUGAACUAGGGAUAGGGAGUGAAGUAGUCGAACGCGUUGACAACUUCAUUUAUCUUGGAACUCUGAUCAACCCUAAUGGGUUGGUGUCUGACGAAAUCUCAGCACGGAUUCGAAAGGCUCGUUUGGCUUUCGACAAAUUACGUGACCUAUGACGAAGGCGAGAUAUCCGUUUAUAGAUUAAGGGAUGAGUGUACUUCGCGGCAGUUUGUUCUGUUCUACUUAACGGCUGCGAAACGUGACCAUUAGGAGUAGAAAAUGUUCGUAAGCUACUAGUGUUUGACCACAGAUGUCUUAGAAGUAUUGCUCUCAUCUGCUGGGAUCACCGGGUAAGUAAAAGUGAGGUUAGACGUAGGGUAUUAGGGAAUGAUGUAAAUCACUUGAUGAGGUUGUAAAUCUUCAUCGAAUGAGAUCGUUGAGCCGCGUGUUACGUAUGCUUGAACACCGAUUACCACGACGCGCAAUACUGACUAGUGUGGUAGAUAUGUGCCAGAAAGAUAGGCGCGGACACACUAAAACGCGAAAUCAGUGCUUCAAGUCACUAACUUCUAGUCUGACUCAUAUCAGUAGAUAAAGACUAGUUGGUUGGGGUCCACGUGACAAUCGUAACCAAUGGUUGGAGAUUCUGUGUGACAUGGCUCAGAAUCGAUCACAAUGGUAUAGAUGUGUACACUAGUUGUCUUCCCUUAAAUUUAGAGAUAAAAAUUGAUUUAUAUCUUUCUUUCUACGAACUAAUUCUUUCUUCCUGUAUCAUAACCUUGUAUACAAUCUUUCUUUUAAGCAUUACUACCAUUGAAGUGACUAAUUCUAUGAAUCGGUGUUCAUCUUGUUGUGUCAAUGAAGUGUGCCAACUUGGACCGUUUCAUAAAUAUGCCUGUUCCUAGGUUGUAUCUAAUUGACUGACUGACUGACUAAAGAACAAUUGUCUAAGUUCCACUUUACAUUUAUUUAUUCACUCUUAACAAAUACAAACGAUUCUACUUUAACCACUAAUUCCAUAGAUUGAUUUGAUUAUCAGUUUUUUGUUUGAUGAGAAGAUAAUUGUGCAUACUAAAUAUCUGUCUCAUAUAUUUACCACUUUUCUUCAGUCCCUAUUGUCUUGAUAUUCUGUGUUUUUCUUUGCAGUGCAUUGCCUCUUACAGGAACUGCACCCCCUUGUCUGCGCUCAGAGGUAGUAUGCCGAUUAACGGCAUUCAACAAAUUCCAGCAUCGUAA